AUGGGGCCGAAAAACCGCAAACCCCGCGCCAAAGCUCCUGUUACUGAUACUACUGUUACUGCCGCUGCGUCUGAUACUACUACUAUUGCUACUACUGCGCCUAAUGCUGCUACUAACGCCGACACUAAUGCUAUUACGGACGCGGGUACGGGUGAGGGUGUGAGUACGGGUGUGAGUACGCGUGCGGGUGCCAAUGCUUCAAAUCGAGGACCUAAAGCAAAGGCAAAGCCCAAGGCCGGUCAGUACCAUCAUAUCAUACCCCGGUUCAUCCUCCGAAAAUUCAUUAUUGAAGGACACAAAAAUCCUGAGGCCAACAGACGGGGGAAAAGUGCUGCCCCCGGGCUCACCGACCCCAUCAACUGCUAUCAUGUUUCCAGUGGCACCUUCUCGAUCUCCUCUCUCAACAAUAGCUAUGGUGUCACAGACCUCUACAUCAAUAUCAAGAAUCCUGAUAACGCUUACGAGGUCGAAAAGAAACUCUCUGUUCUCGAAUCCCAUGCCGCACAAGCAAUUGGUCUUCUUCUCAAGACUGUUGAGUCUCGUCCGCCUGGAGACUUUCCCUCGGAGGAGCCGCAAUACUUUAGAAUAAAGCGUAAAUUCCUCAACUACCUAAGGAAGUUCAUGUUUAUCAUGUACUUCCGUAAUGAUGGGUUCGGGGCCCAACAUUUCAACGAACAUCAUCCGGACAAUUCAGGCGGGGCCGCGUGGAUCCGCGCAUUCAGACAAAAGAAUAAUCUCGAGCCUUCGGAAAUGUGGCUGCAUGUGCUUGAGCACUACCUCGAUACCCCGCACGUCGAGCUGGUUAAACAGGGCCAGAAAGCCAACGAUCAGCUUGACUCCGGCGGCCGGGCUGGUUCUCGCCGCGGUAUUGACCCUAAUAUUCAAGAUGCGGAGAUGAUCCAGUACUGGGGUGAAGCAAACAAUUUUUUUCUUGCGGUCUGGGAAGCCGCUGACUGCGAAGAAUUUAUCAUCAGCAAUAAUUCGUUCGGACUAUGGGAGUCGGUGAGCUUGGGGGAUAAAAUGUACCAGCUUCACCGAUUCUAUGUCAUUUCCCCCAGAAUUGCAAUUGUUCUAUGUUUUGUUCGGCUACGUCCAGACAUACCACCAAUACCAGAGUUUGAAUUGAUGUAUAGAGAGAGUAUAUUUUGGGGUGCGCCGCAUAGGAGCCCAAGGGUUUCUAAGGAUGGCCAGAUUGUGGGACGCGAGGUGGGGGUGGCAGGAAGUUAUGAGGAGGAUAUCAUGGAAUAUGAGAUUGUGAAGCUCUCAACAGAGUUCACACAUCGUGUCAAUGCAGUAAUCAUGGGGAAUGCUAGAAUAGACACUGGAACAAUCACUUUCCGUACCCCGGCAGCGAUGCUGAGGACGCUAGAAGCUUACUCCAGGAAUAUGGGUUAUGAUAACCAGAAAUUAUACGAACCAUUGGUUGAGCAACUCCUUAAGAUGACCGGGGCGAGCAGUUCGACUUUCAGGGUCAUUCCAAACCCCAACCCCACGAGUCGCACGCACGCUUUGAAACCACCUAAGGCAGGCUUGCCCAGCUUUUGGGAGAUAAACUUAGAAAUGCUGGACAGAAUGGAGGAAGAUAAAAACGACGAAAUUUCGGCAAUUUUCAAGACACCCCUGAAGAGACUGAUUGAGCAGAUUGCGCUCAAGAUUUCGCGGACUCCGUAUGAUAUCAACCCAAAACCUGCGCGCCUGAGAAGGAAUAUUUCGGAUGAGAGUUGCGUCAAUAUCUUUGCAAUGGUGAAGGGAUUCAUAAAAUUUCUGGGUUUGGGAAUGUCCCCGCUGUUUCCUGAAUGUACGAUGAUCGCAGUUUUGAGGUGGUUGCUGGCAGAGAGGAGAAAUAUGUUCGAGAUAUUGGAGAGGAAGUUCUCGUUGAUGAUGAUGGAGUGGGUUUAUGAUGAGCCGGAUAGAGAGAAAAGGGAGGAGGAGUAUAGGAUUCAAAGGGCCAAGAUGUUUCAGAAGGAUUGA